CACCGAGAGCCGCGGCAGCAGAGAGCAGCGCCGAAAAAUGGCUGAAGCGGGCACGGGCUUUCUGGAGCAGCUCAAGUCCUGCAUAGUUUGGUCUUGGACUUAUCUCUGGACCGUAUGGUUCUUCAUCGUCCUCUUCCUGGUCUACAUCCUGCGGGUGCCCUUGAAAAUCAACGACAACUUGAGCACAGUGAGCAUGUUUUUGAACACAUUAACACCGAAGUUCUACGUGGCCCUAACAGGAACUUCCUCACUAAUAUCAGGGCUUAUUUUGAUAUUUGAAUGGUGGUAUUUUCGCAAGUAUGGAACAUCAUUCAUUGAACAAGUCUCAGUAAGCCACUUGCGCCCCCUUCUGGGAGGGGUUGACAACAAUUCUUCCAACAAUUCUAAUUCCAGUAACGGGGACUCAGAUUCCAACAGGCAAAGUGUCUCAGAAUGCAAAGUAUGGCGAAAUCCACUUAAUUUAUUUAGGGGUGCUGAAUAUAAUCGGUACACUUGGGUGACUGGACGAGAGCCUCUGACUUACUAUGACAUGAAUCUCUCUGCCCAGGACCACCAGACCUUCUUUACCUGUGACUCGGACCAUCUGCGUCCUGCAGAUGCAAUAAUGCAGAAAGCCUGGAGAGAGAGAAACCCCCAAGCUAGGAUUUCUGCUGCCCACGAAGCCUUAGAGAUAAAUGAAAUUAGGUCCAGAGUUGAAGUUCCCCUAAUUGCUUCCUCUACCAUCUGGGAGAUAAAAUUGUUACCAAAGUGUGCAACUGCUUAUAUUCUCUUGGCUGAAGAAGAAGCAACAACCAUUGCUGAAGCAGAGAAGCUGUUUAAGCAGGCCCUGAAAGCUGGAGAUGGCUGUUACCGGCGUUCUCAGCAGCUGCAGCAUCAUGGAUCCCAGUAUGAAGCCCAACACAGACGAGACACCAAUGUUUUGGUCUACAUCAAAAGAAGACUAGCCAUGUGUGCCAGAAGACUCGGGAGGACCAGAGAAGCAGUGAAAAUGAUGAGAGAUUUAAUGAAGGAGUUCCCUCUCCUGAGCAUGUUCAACAUCCAUGAAAACCUUUUAGAGGCUCUUCUGGAACUACAAGCAUAUGCUGAUGUUCAGGCAGUCUUAGCAAAGUAUGACGAUAUAAGCUUACCAAAGUCGGCAACAAUAUGCUACACCGCUGCCUUGCUCAAAGCAAGAGCUGUCUCUGACAAAUUCUCUCCUGAGGCUGCAUCUCGGCGGGGGCUGAGCACAGCAGAGAUGAAUGCGGUAGAGGCCAUUCACAGAGCUGUGGAAUUCAACCCUCACGUGCCAAAAUACCUACUAGAAAUGAAAAGCUUAAUCCUGCCCCCAGAACACAUCCUGAAGCGGGGGGACAGUGAAGCAAUAGCAUAUGCAUUCUUCCAUCUGGCGCACUGGAAGAGGGUAGAAGGAGCUUUGAAUCUUCUCCAUUGUACAUGGGAAGGCACUUUUCGGAUGAUCCCUUAUCCCUUGGAAAAGGGGCAUCUGUUUUAUCCCUACCCCAUCUGUACAGAGACAGCAGAUCGCGAGCUGCUCCCAUCUUUCCACGAAGUCUCAGUUUACCCCAAAAAGGAGCUCCCCUUUUUUAUUCUCUUUACUGCUGGAUUGUGUUCCUUCACAGCCAUGCUGGCCCUCCUGACACAUCAGUUCCCGGAACUCAUGGGGGUCUUUGCGAAAGCCAUGAUUGACAUUUUCUGCUCGGCAGAGCUCAGGGACUGGAAUUGCGAGAGUAUUUUCAUGCGUGUUGAAGAUGAACUGGAAAUCCCACCGGCACCUCAGUCUCAACAUUUCCAAAACUGAACUCAUCACCCUCCUCCCCCCACCACCAAAACUGCUCCUCCUCCUGUAUCCCUGACCCUCCGCCAGUGGCUCUGACAUCCACCCAGUCACUCAAGCCAGAAACUCGGCAGCCCUCCCAGACUCUUCCUUCUCUCACCCUUUACAUCCCAUCUGUCUCUGUUUCCACAGUCUGUCAGAUCUAACCUCCUGAGCCGCUUGGCGGUCAGUAGAUGGAAUUCACCUCUCCUUAUCUUCUUUCUUCUCCCAUGACUCUCUUAGUUUAGAUCUCUGUGAUUUCUUGCAAGAGUCUUAACUGGUCUCCUUUUUUCCAGGCUUCUCCUCUGCCAGUAUUUCCUUUGUACUGACCCCAAAAUGAUCUUUUUUAGAAAAUCUGAGCAUGUCACUUCUGUGCUUGAAUUUCCCCAAUGGUUUCCCACCAACAUCAGGAUAAAGUCACAGAUCUUUAGCAUGGCACACAAGGUCCUUUGUGAUCUGGCCCUUGCUUGCCUCUUCAGCCUACUCUCUCUCAACUCUUGCCCAGGCACUGCUCUUGGGCCACAGUGAAUUUCUCACCAUUCCCAGAUGCAACAGGCUCUUGUGCCCAGUGCUUUUGCACGUGCUGUUUGCACUGUGUGGAAUGCCCUUCCCCAUUACCACCAGCACUUGUCCAGUCUACUAAUGCCUCUUUGUUCUUUUAUACUCGGCUUCCUUUCUAAGUUCCUCCUAAGCUGAGUUAGAACCUUUCCUCUCUGAUCCCACCCAUGAAU